AUGGCAGCCCCCUUAACUCUCACCGGCAAUCCGAACGCUCACGACAUCUCGGAAUUCAGCACCUCGCUCACCUCUACCUGCCUCUGCAAAGCGAUCCGCGUAACCAUCACCGACGACGAGCUCUUCACGCGACCACGUGGCCACCUCUGCCACUGCGCCAACUGCCGUAAAGUCGCAGGCUCCUACGUAUCCUCAAAUCUCGCGAUCGAGAAAGAGAAAGUGACCGUUGAAGACCCACAGGGUGCGAUGAAGCGGUAUGAAGACUGGGACACGGGGAGCGGGAAGAAAGUCGAGCGGUGUUUUUGCGGGACUUGCGGAAAUCCCAUCAUGUCCAUUGCCGAGAUAUUGCCCACCACAGUCAUAGUCAAAAUGGGCAUGUUUCCGCGUAUCCCAAAGCCCGAAUGCGAAUCCUUCGCGCUGCAUCGACACUCCUGGCAGGGCAAGCAUGAUGGGGUGACGCAGUACGAGAUUGGGCGCGGCGGAAAGGUGUUGGGUGGGUGA